AUGUCAGACACAAAGUAUUCAGCAGAAAUAACAAAGGUAUUGAAUGAAGGUGCUCGUGCGAUGGCUGCUAAACAGUAUGAACAGGCGGUUGAAUUAUACUCGGAGGCUUGCGAAUUAAAUAACUUAGAUAUAGAUGAAGAUGACCCGGAUCUACUUUACUUGUAUGGUUGGUCGUUAUUUGAGAAUGCUGUUGCAAGUAGUGACGUGCUAGGUAAGAAGGCUGCAGAUGAAAAAUUGGAAGAGACGAAGAAGGAUGUGGAGGGAGGAAACAAUGAGAAGGAUGGCACUGAUGGUGAUGGCAGUGAAAAGGAGGAGAUAGGUGAAGAUGGAGGAAUGAUGCAAUUUAACGAUAUAUUGGCUGAGGACGAGGAUGAAGAAGAAGAAGCAGUGCAACAAAAAGAACAGGAAGAAACGGCCAAAGAGUCGGAUAAUGAGCAUGAACUCAAUCAAGACGAGAGCAAAAACACAAAUAACUUGGAAAAAGAGGGCGAUGAUGAAGAGAAUGGUACGCAGCAAUCAGAUUUCGAAAUUGCAUGGGAUAUCUUAGACCUAACAAGAACAAUAUUAGAAAAGAAAAUACGGAAUUUGUCCAAAGAAAGUAAAGAGAAAUUGGUUGUUCCUUAUCUGACAUCGGAUAAAGAUGAUGAUGAGCUCAAAGGAAAACCAAAGAUUAUUCGUUUGAAAAAGAAGUUAGCGGAUGUUUAUGCUUUGUUGGGAGAUAUAUCAUUAGAGACAGAUAAUUUUGCUCAAGCGGGUUCAGACUUGAACUCAAUGAUAAAGCUCAGAAGGGAACUUUAUCCAUUUGCAUCAGGUAGCCUUACAGAGGGUUUCUAUAAAUUAUCACUUGCAUUGGAAUUCUCUGAUUUAGAAGGUAGUAUAGAUGCAAUGAAGCAAGCUCUUAAAACGAUCAAAAAAAGACAGAGUCAGGGUGAGCAUAUUGAUAAGGACCUAAUCCAAGAAAUGAGACAACGUCUUUACGAUCUUGAGAAGGGAAAUAAGAAGAUUAAGGCUGAAAAAGAUAUUAUAAUGAAAGGAAUUCUUGGUGAACUUUCUACAGCUAAGAAACCGAAGGAACCGGCUUUAGCUACCAAACAGCCAUCGUCAUCAUUGAACACCAAGCAAAAAGCGCAGCCAUUAGUGCAUGAUCUCACCUCUCUGGUUCAUAAGAGGAAAUCGAACUCAAGCCGUGCUGGUUCUUCAAAAAGGAAGCAUUCUAGUCAGUGA